AUGAAAAGACUAAGAACCAAAAAGCCCCCAGGGGCAAGCCCCAAGGAGCUAAGACCAGAAUUAGACGUUCUAAAGCCAAAGGUACCAGUCAAGGUCAAGGUGGAGGAGCGUUUAAGAGCUGUGCGGUCACAAAGGGGGUCGUUCCGGAGCAGUGAACUGAUGGAAAACCUAUUGCGUGCCAAGGGUUUGUGGAGUCUAGUAGAAGAGGGUUACACCGAACCGGCAGAGGGAAUUGAAGUGACUACAACGCAAAAAAGGAAUCUUGAGGAGCUCAAGAUGAAGGAUCAACAAGUGAAGCACUACCGAUUCCAAGCAAUUGAUCGGGUUGUGUUUGAACAGAUCUUGAAUCGCAAAACAUCCAAGAUCAUUUGGGAUUCGAUGAAGAAAAAGUUUGGAGGCAACAAAAGGGUGAAGUGGUCUCUUCUUCAAACCUUAAGAAGAGAUUUUGAGAUUCUUGAAAUGAAGAAUGAAGAAAACAUCGAUGAUUAUUUUGGAAGAGUAAUGGCUGUCUCCAACAAGAUGAGAAGCAACAAAGAAGACAUGUUAGAUUCGAAAAUUGUUGAGAAAAUACUUCGAACUCUAACUGACAAAUUCACAUAUGUGGUGGUGUCCAUCGAAGAAUCAAAAGACAUAGGAAAGAUGAUGAUUGACGAACUGCAAAGCUCUCUGUCUGUACAUGAAGAGAAAUUUAAGAAGAUCAGUCAUGAAGAAUGUGAUCAAGCUCUCAAUGUCGAGGCAGUCUCACUAUCAGAGGCAGAGGAUCAUACAGAGGUCGAGGCAGGGGCAGAGGACGCUCAUUCAAGAAAGCAACAAUCGAGUGUUACAACUGCUACCAACGUGGACAUUUCCAAUAUGAAUGUCCAAAUGGGAACAAUGGAGAACAAAUUGAAACUCUAG